UGUAAUAAUGCUCUCAAAUCUGUAACUAAUAGCUGAUGCGCGUCAGGUGUGUGAGGAGAUCCGAAGAUAACAUGAUGUUAUCAAAUAAUGAGUGAGCUUGUCUUGGAUUUUAUUUCUGGUCGACUCUGAAAGGGAAUACUCAGCAGACAGCUCUUGAUGGAAUACUGACAACAUUAAGCAUCCUCUCGUCAGCAUUGGCAAGAACUUUAAUAACAAUAAUAAGUUUGUGCCCUGAGGAGUGAGCUUUGGUGUGGGCUCUUCCACAAUGAGAGACCGCUUGGAGGAGCUGCAGCAGAGGGCUCAAGACCUUCGUGAGGCAGCAAGAGAAAAUACUAACCCUUUUUCAGUGGAGGGGAAUAAUGACGAGUCUGUGGUGGUUGAGGUCAUAACGCCACAGGCUGUGGUGUUUGAGGAGGAGCCAAUCAUUGAGAAUUUCCUGUCUGAGGCUCAGCAAAUCCGAGAUGAUAUCACAGUGCUGGAGACAGAGGUCCUUAACUUCAGCCAGCAGCAGAAGACCCUGGUGGCGACCAUGCGUCGUUUCAGUGUGAUGAAGAAAGAGAGCAGUAUAACCCGGGAUAUCAAGAUCAAGGCUGAAAGCCUCCACCGACGGUUAGAUGCCCUUUCAAAACAGGCCCAAAGGACUGAGGACCAGCAGGGACCUAUUGCUGUUGCAACCAGAAUACAACGCUCCCAGUAUGCAGCACUGUACCGCAAAUUCCAGCAGGUAAUGCUGCAGUAUAAUGAAGGUCUGCUGACCAAGCAGGAGCGCUGUAAGCACUUCAUUAUCCGGCAGCUGGAGGUAUCGGGUAGGGAUGUGACGGAGGAGGAGGUGAAUGAGAUGGUGGCCACAGGAAAAUGGGAGGUCUUCAAUGAGAACCUGCUGAAUGAUGCCAAAAUCACACGGUCACAACUAUCUGAGAUUGAACAGCGACACAAGGAGUUGUUGAGCCUGGAGAACAAUAUGAAGGAGCUGAGGGACCUGUUCAUGGACAUUUUCAUGCUAGUAGAGGAGCAAGGGGCCUGCAUUGAACACAUCCAGACCUAUGUAGAGAAGACCCAGGAUUAUGUGGCUGCAUCUAAUGAGAAGUUCAAGUUGGCUGCCAGGUACAAGAAGAAGAACCCACUGCGACAGCUGUGCUGCUGCUGCUGCCCUCCCUGGAGAUGCUGCUUAUAAAACAUAUGUAUUUUAACCUCAACGGUCAUUCCAAGUAAUAUUUUAUCUCAAAAACCUCAGUCACCUUUUUGGAGUAAGCAAUGUUGGAUUCAAGUACCAUUAAAGUGAAGGUUAUGGUACUGUAGUUUUUGUUGUUGAACAGAGCGCCGGUGAAGACAGAUUCAGCAGAGCAGAGAAAACAAUUAGGGGAAAAGGCCAGAAUUGGUAUUUGAGGCACUUGUUUCUUUCAAGAGGAUGUGAGGCAACUGCUAUUGGAAGAGACAGUUCAGUGAGUGCUACUCACCAACACUGCUGCUUAUUGGAGACCUUCACUGUCAUCUGACAGAGGUCACAAACAAGGGUAGACCACUGCCUCUGCCACUGCAAGAUCAGCAAGACUGAUAUUUCACCUUUUUGUUCAAUAGAGCCUCUGAUCUUUUUUCUGCCACAGGAGCUCUAGUUAAUGACCAUUUAUUUUUUGAAAUAGUAUCUGCACUUUAAGACUUUUCUGUGUUCUUUUUCUUUUCUUUUCAACACAAACUAGAAUUUAGCAUAGUGGAGAAAGAUUCUCUUUCUGAGAGAUUUUGGCCUUACAUAUUCCUUUCAUUUUUAGUCCACAUGCUGAUGAAAAAAAGAAUGUGCUGUACAAUUAGUCAUUAGUCUCAUUUGCAUUUCAAAGUAUGAUCAUUUUCAGUGAAGAAAAAUAUUCCUUUAUUCGGUUUUUACAGAGGCAGGGAUUCAAGUAACACUGAAUAACGAGCCUUGAUCAAAAUAUUUGUGUCAUGGUGACAAAACUGAGGAGAAUCAUUUAAGUCAUGUGUUAAAAAAAUAAGUUGGAGGAUGUGAAGUCCUACAUUUCAGGUAAUAUUUAAUUUCUUUAGAUGGUUUGUAUUGUAUGUUGGAACUGUUGUAUUGUUUGGAUGAAAAACGUUGGCAUCUAUA